CCAGCGGUGCGAACGUGUCGCGGACGCGUCAGCUGGCCGAGUAGCCAAAAGUACUUCAAAAUAAAAGUACCAAAGUAGCCAAAAGAACGGGCAACAGUUCCCAGCGCAAUCAGUUGAGCCAAGUUAUGCACACGCCCGAUUGAAUUGACUAAAAAUUCGUGGCGCGCGUUCAGCUUGUAAAUAAACAAAAAAAAAAAGAAUAAUAGCCGGCUGAUCGAAAUAAGUGAAUGAGUAACAAAAGAUACAAAAACGAUUCGUUGCCAUCAAAUUAAAUGAAAUCGAAUCAAUUUACAAACUGUUGAUCGAAAACCGCGAGUGUGCAAAAAGGGCAAAUCAACAACAAAACAAAAACUAAGUGCGAAGCGAAGUCCAAAGUGAGGAGGGACGAGACAGUGGACGCUAUGUGAAUAAUUGUUUGCCAGCCGUUCGAGCAGAUCGAUGAGAUCCAGAUCUAGAUCGAGAUUCAGAUCGUGGGGAUCAUAUGCCGCCAAGGCGAUGAGCCCCAAUUGUAAAUAGUCAACACACAUAAUUAGCGGGCAGUCUUUUUCUAUUUGUAUUCGUGUAUAUCGUAUAUCUAUGUAUGUUAUGUGAUUCUCUACCUAUCUAUCUGUCUAGAUAUCUACUAUAUAUGUAUGUAUGUGUAUACGUAUGUAUGUGUUGUUUUAUUCAACCAUAUACAUAAUUAAUUAAAAAGUCGCGCGCGCGUUUCGUUCGACGUGAUCGAUGCAAUCGUAAAGAAAAAUUUAAAAUAAUAAAUAAAUAAACGCGCACCACGCACAUAGCAACAACCACAACAAGAAAAAAAAACACAAGUUUCGGUGCAAAACGGGUAAAACAUAAUCGAAUAAUUUGCGAAUCGCAAAACUAUGCUAGGCAUUAUUAGAUAAAUUGUUAGAUUUAAUUGGGUGUUAGCGGAAACACACUCUGAAUACAAUUCACUCUCACUCACUACGCGCAAAAGGAAUUCGAAAUUGCCGGCCGCAUUUUCCCCAACAUUUUCCCAACCAACAAAAAAAACGAAAAGAAUUUUAUUAUAAAUAUCUCUAAGCGAAAGCUAAACUGAGUGCGCCAGCAUGGGACCAAUCAAACGUUAGACAGAGAUAGAAUCAAAUUAAACACAACAAUAAAAAUAACUACACCAAGAUGGACUACGCCAAGGUGGAGGCAAGCAUCAACACGGGCAACAUCAGCACCGAUGAUUUCCUCGCCGUCUUCACAAGUGGCACAACAACAACCACAGCUGCCACACUGGCGGCAGCUGCCAUUGGCAGCACUAUCUCCAGCUCCAGCUCCAGUUCAAGUGGCACCCUCAAUCCGCCCCUGGUGACAGUCGAUGGUCAAGUGCAGCUGCCGAAUCUGCUGGAUCUGCAGUCGCCGGUGAAUGAUACGAUCUACCUGCUCAAUGGCAGCUUCUACAACAACAGUCUGCAGCUGGCGGGCAGCUAUUACAAUCAGACGACGGGUAAUCAGAGUAGCGGACUCGGUGGCUUACUGGGGAACAGCAGCAAUGCCACCGAGGUGCAUUGGGAUGGACGCUAUCCAAGUGGUUAUACGUUGACACAUAUUGUGAUUGCCUCGAUCAUUGUGACCAUACUGAUGAUCAUCAUUGUGGUGGGAAACAUGCUGGUGAUCAUUGCCAUUGCCACCGAGAAAUCGCUGAAGAACAUACAGAACUGGUUCAUUGCCUCGUUGGCCGUCGCCGAUUUCUUUCUGGGAUUGAUCAUUAUGCCCUUCUCGCUGGCCAAUGAGCUGAUGGGCUAUUGGAUCUUUGGCAGCUGGUGGUGUGACAUUCAUUCGGCCAUGGAUGUGCUGCUGUGCACCGCGUCCAUUAUGAAUCUGUGCCUCAUCUCGCUGGAUCGCUACUGGAGCAUCACAAAGGCCGUCGACUAUCUGAAAUCGCGUACACCCGCCCGUGCCGCUGUCAUGAUUACGGCUGUGUGGAUUAUGUCCGCGCUCAUCUGUAUUCCGCCGCUGCUCGGCUGGAAGGUCAAGAUGCCCGAGGGUGAUCUGCCAAAGUGCGAGCUAAGCGAGGACAUUGGCUACGUGCUCUAUUCGGCGCUCGGCUCCUUCUACAUACCCAGCUGCAUUAUGGUAUUUGUGUACAUACGAAUUUACUUUGCCGCCAAGGCGCGGGCGAGACGCGGCAUUAAAAAACAUCCGCGUAAAACAAACAACGAACAGGUUACGAGCUUCACCACCGCCAACAAGAAAGGAACAAUACCGAUGCCAUCCUCCAGCGGCGCAACGCAGCUGCAGCUGCAUCAGCAGCGACAGAUAGCCACCAUUGAGACACCACCGAACAGCGCGACGUUACCUAUGCAAAUACCGACGGUAACUAUGGAUCUUGCCUCCGAUAUAUCCACCUCGGAAGCGGGCGAACUCGAAGCUGUUGCCGCCCAGGCUGCAGCACUCGCCUAUGCCAAUCCCAAUCAAUGCCUGAUAAAUGCAAAUGCGGCUGCAUCCGCAGCGAGCAGUGUGCCCAGCUCACCGAAAGAAACGCUGCAGGUCAGCACGAUUGCAACGGGUCGCGGAGUUGGCCUCAAUGUGCCCGUGCCGCCGUCCAUGGGCAGCAGCAACUCUAUCAAUGUGCUGAAUAACAACAACGGCAGCGUGGCCACCGAUGUUGCUGUCAACACCACGGGCAAUGCUACCGUGGCGAAUAACAACAGUGGGGUAGCAAGUGGAGGCAAUGCGGCGGUGGCAACUAGCAAUGAGUUGCGCGUAUCGCCGAUUGCCGGACGAUGCCGGGCGUUGUCGGUGGGCAUCGAUACGGAUAUGGUGAGUGAAUUCGAUCCUUCCAGCUCGGACUCGGGCGUGGUUAGUCGCUGUGCGGUAGUCAAACCGCUCAAGUUUCGCCUUUGCCAGCCCAUCUUUGGUCGCAAAUCGAACCAGCAGCGACGCAACGAGUCCAAGGCCGCCACAGUUGCGGCCAAAAACAGCGCAGCCGCUGCGGCAGCCAAGAGCAAGGAGCUGGCGGCCAAAACGGAACUGGAGCCGGCCAUACCGAAAACGCCGAAACCGAGGGAUCCCGAGAAGGAGAAGCGACGCAUUGCCCGCAAGAAGGAGAAGCGAGCGACGUUGAUAUUGGGUCUAAUCAUGGGCAGUUUUAUUGCCUGCUGGCUGCCGUUCUUCUUUCUAUACAUUUUGGUGCCUGCUUGUAGCAGUCAUUGCAAUAUACCGGAGUCGGCGUUUGCGAUUGCAUUCUGGUUGGGCUACAUGAAUUCGGCGCUCAAUCCGGCCAUCUAUACCAUCUUCAACAAGGACUUCCGGCGCGCCUUCCGACGCAUCCUGUUCAAGUGAUGUUUGGCCUAUGUGUGCUGUUACAGGUGCGUUUAUGCGAGCAUCGAGAAGGCUACCGAACGUGCCAUGGGCAGCACACCCAUGGGCUAUGGGCAUGGCAUGUAUCAGCAUUACAGGCGUUAGAUUUGCUUCGUUUACACCGACUUCUGCUUCUACUCUUUCAACUUUUCAGUUCAUUUUCGUUCGUAUUUGUGUUGUGUGUACAGUUAGUUAGUUAGCAUUUCUUGGCAUUUCUUUUUAUUUCCCUUGAAAAGUAACGAACAUUGUAGCUCAUUUCAAAAGCAAUGAACGGCUGUGAAUUUGAUGGAAUCUCUCAAUUUCAGUUUACGCGUUUUUUAGUUACAUUUCUAAGGCUCUCCUCGAACCACGAAACGUACACACACACACACACAUACACAUACUCGUCUCGCCGUGAAACCCUCAAACUGUGUGCAAACACAAAUUCCAGCAAAGCAAACAUCUUUUAUGCAGACUGAAUGGCCAUUCAACUCGAUAUUAUUUCACAAAUUUUCAUUUUCCCUCAACAUACAUCAGCAGCAGGGUGAGGGUGGGCGGUGUAGGUAAACAAUGCAAAGGCUGGCACAUAUUGUCUGGCACUUAGAUUGAGGCCAUCGAAAUGUAGACGCGCCAAAUGACACUGUGCUACAAAAUUAAAUUUAUUUUUGUUUCCAUUUAGUCACUUCGCUGCAAUUCUGCUUUGAAUAGAAAGUGGAUUUCUAGGCACGAAAAUGAUGGAAAAUUCCACCAAAUACCACAAUAGAACAAGCAAACUGGGACGCUCCAGUUUUAUGCAUACACUGAAAUAAAACAAAAUGUAACAACAGAAAGCCACAUCUAAUGGGUCUACACAAAUAUUGCAGAUAGAAAUCCAAAAGUCUACUUUAUACUAUAUAUAGAGCUAGCAGCACUUUAGAUGCCAUAAUUUUUCGGGCUGUGCAUUCAAAUGUAUGACACGUCAUUCAGCCAAAGAGAGGGAGGCGCCACAAGAUACAUCUAAAGGCAUGUUUUUGGCAUAUGGCCCAUGCAAUCACACUAUUUACUAUUUUGUUUGCAAGUCCAAAAGGCGAAACACACACAAAUAUGCAUAAAAUACACUCGUUCAUUGCCAUGUGUGUGAGACUCUUUCAUAUUUUGGACACUUUGUGAAAAAUGUAAGAAGUUGCCACCAUGAUAGAAGAUGCAAUCAGUUGACUUCUGAAAUGUUUAUGGGUGCUUUUAGCGUUUGGGCUUUCAACACACCGCAAAUAUAUCAAAUUUAUUGGCCACCCCAUUCGUCGCCAACCUCUUGAGUUGUCGCCUUUAACGUAAAACGUUAAAAUGCUCAUAAAUAAUGCGGUAGACAAUUCUGUCAGUUUCCAAACUGAAUCAUUUGAAUGUACUGUGUGUAUAAAGACAGCAGUUUUUCUUUUGCCAUCAACAUGCAUUUUUUAUAUACCCUACCACCACCGCCACCACCACCAGCACUACAACAACUGCAGAGGGACAAUGUCAUUGUCAGCACUGCAAACUGCACUUAAAUGACAAUUUGAGCGCAGAAUAAAACAGAACAGAAAAAAAUAGCAACAAAAGUAAUGGCACAAAAAGUGAAAUCGAAAACAAUUGAAAUCAAUGGCAAGGCAGCACACCCAGCAGCAGCACAUUAAAAUGCGCGACACACACAAACACACACACACCUAGAGCACUUAACUGCACUUAGGUGCGACGACGACAGGCGAAGGAUGAGUGUCGAGUGAGGGAACACAUUCCGCACGGGCUUGGCUUUGUUUUCGCUGGCACAUCGAAAGUCAUUUUCGCACAAAGUGCAAAGCUACAACAAGAACAACAUUAAACGUUACUCGCUGACGUUGAGUCUAUGCGGCGUAUGCGUAAUAUGACGUUGCUCAUACGUCGUCAAUUGAGCAUUUUGGGAAAGCAUUUCGGAAAUUGUUAAUGGUUUUCGCCACAUGACAAAAUAUUGUGCAUAAUUUAUUAGAAAGGUCUUUCAAUUAGCAUAAAUAACAUACAAGCUAAUAAACAAUAGUAAUAAUUGAACACUAUUAAAUUAUUUGCAUUAAAACACAUAAUUCAAUUAUACACUUUUUAUGCAAAUUUCUGCACAUUUCCCCAUUCAUUUUUUUGAUUUGUGUGCCUUAAUUAUAUUGAAAUCAUUAUUGAACAAAAAAAAAAACAUAUAUAGACAAAACAAAAACAACAGAAUGCAAAUAGUUGUGGCAAAUGACAAAAACGUUGACCGAAAAUAUUUAUUAAAAAUAUUUGCUUUGAGCGAAAAGCCGCCAGCGCUGCAGCGACCGCAAAUUCAUAUGUCAAAUUAAAUUAUUAAGUGUGCGGCGAGUGCGAAAAUUAGAAUUUGUAAUUACAAAUUUCUGUCAACAUUUAUUGCGCUGCGCUGUGUUGCUCUGCGAUAUAAGAGAAUGCGCCACGUCAUAAGCUAAUUUAAUGCCCGAUUAACCUGGCAAUUACACAGCAAUCGACAAGUUGAACUGAACUAUUACAGAAUUCAAAUUCAAAUUCAAAUUUUGUUUUGUCAAAGUACACAUAAAUAUUUGAUUCGACUUUUGUGCAGCGCAAGUUAAGGCCACAAUCAGAUGGGAAUAUUUAAUCACAAUAUUUGCUUAUGCCUGACUGUCAUAAUUAAGCGUUUUAUUAAAGUCGAAAAGCCCGAAUAAAUCACUUUCGACUCAGCUUUACAUUUUGUUUAUAGUUCGCACAUGAUAAUCACUCAGUGCAUAGAAUAAACUGCUUUGCUGGAAUAGAUUUUAGACAGACAAUAUUACAACAUUUCACAAGGUUAAUGAGUUUUGUUGCAUUCUGAUGCUAUUUGUGGCUUAUUUUCACAAGCAGACGCCAUUAGAAUGCUCAUUAAAGCAAUUAAUUUUGUAUAGAAGGAAAACGCAACAACCGCUCAGAGCGAUCAUAAAAUACCCAGUGGUGUUCGAUAAUAAAUGUGCACUUAAGAACUCAUAUUUAUUCUCGCUGACAGCAUAAAUAUUUAUGAACUACGGGACCUCAAUGGGCAAUAAAAUGGUUUCACUUGAUUAUUUGCAAAACUUGUGCGAAGCGAUUCAGUUUAAACGGUUCGAGGAGAGUUUCGUGAUGAUUGCAUGAUUCAUUUCAAUUUUCAUAUUUUGAUUUUCUGUUGAAAACUAAGCAAAUCCAAUGCCUGAAUAUAAAUGUGUAUGUAUGUAUGUAAGUAUGUUAAAUGAUAAUGAAUUUAUUGCCAUUACGAUUAUACUUAAAGAGCAGCCCAACUUGAAUUGAAAUAUAAGUUUGAAGAAUAUUAUAUGGAGCGGCACUACAACAAAAAAUGACUGAAAUGCUUAAAUGAAAUUAUUUCAUUAUAAAAAACCAUAGAUCAAAUAAUUUAAUUUAAUUUAACUUAACUUAUAAUAUGUAUUUCAAUAGUAUUGAUUAACAUUUUUUGCUAAUAACCGUAGCUUUUAGCAUUAGGCAAUAGACUCGUAAUAAUAUUAUAAAUAAUAAUAAUACUAAUGAUACUAUAUUAUUAAUAAAGCAGCAUAUAUCAAAGUUGAAUAUUUUAAUUUACAAACUUAAUGAAAGAAAGAAGAGUAAGUAACAUUAAAUACGAGUACAUUUAUAAGUAGUUCAUGUAUUUAGCAUAAAAUCAAAUGUUUAACCAUUUCACAUAUUUAAUUGUAUUGUGCAGAAUGUGCAUAGCAAAUUUUUAACUUCUUAUCGUAUCGUGUCUCUCUGUUAUAUAGUUGAGUGUAAUAGUUAAAUAUUAUGAGUAAUUAAUCAAACUAAGCAAAUACGACAUACUAUAUAUAUAUAUGAAAUUGACAAAUAUAUAUAAUUACGACUAUAUACAAAUUAAAUUGUGUAUAUCAAGAAUCAAACUUGAUAAAAUACAAGCAACAAAAAACUGUUUAAAUAAUUAACUACCUACAUUUUAAGCGGAAGUCUUCCACUACAAUUACGCGCUCCAAAUUCAUUGUACUCGCAAAUUCCCUGAAAGUUUCCAAUUUGUUUCCCCCCACAAUGUCCAAAACCGCGUAAUAAUCCCCUAAAUACCGUAUCCAAUCUAACAGAAUAUAGUGUUAGUUCUUUUGAUAACAAGAGAGAUGAAUAACAAUCUAACAAACUCUGUGACGACUUGUGUGCGAGUUUGCAAUGUAAAUUUAAUGCUAUACAAAAAUGAAAGAGAAGUGUAUAUGUGUAUGUAUUUCAAGGUUUCUCCCCCUCAAAAAAUGAUUCAAUAUACUUAAAUACUAAAAAAGAUAAUGGAUAACUUUAGCGAUAGCCAUAAACGAUAAUUUUACCAAUUAAGGAUUACACCAUAUUUACUGCACAUUUGCAUUAUUAAUCAUCGUAGAGUUUUAAGCUAAUGAGAAAUUACAUGUAGUUAACAUAAUUUAAUCGAAACUUGCCAUUGAAAUUGUUAAUCAUUUUGUUGCUGUUAUACGAGACGAGUUCUAGACAAAAAUCAUUGAUUUUAAAUUGUUUACACACACAAAAAAAACCUAUACAUAUAGUUACACAAAUAUAUUCAUAUGGCUAACAACGAAGUAACAUGGUGCUAUGAGUUACGCAUAUUCACAUUUCGCAUUUCACAUUUUCCUGUUCCGGGAAAUGGAACUGGAAAUAACAUAGAUCCGAUUAUUUUAUGUUUUACGGGAUGGUCAAAUACGUUAAAAUAUGAGCCCCUUUUAACGUCUUGGACAACAUUCAUUUCACUUAUCUCAUCUUAUAGACCAAGCAUCUAAAUUCACCCCCAUAAAGAAAUAAAUUUACAAUAACAAAACACUGCAGAAUGAACGCAUGAAGGAACCUAUAGCAUAAAUUUAUUAGCAACUUAAGCAAUGUAAAUACUUAACAUUAUUCUCGAAUUAUGUCAAAUAUUGAUAUACAAAUAUUUAGAUAUAAACAAAAUGUAAAUUGUGCAAAAGAAAAUUGCAAAUUGAAGCCACCAAAGAAUUGAAAUUUCGCAUGUAAGCUGAGUAAAACCAAAACUAAAAGCAAAACAAAAAACCAAAAAUAAAACACAUGGAUAAAGUAUAAAAUGAAGUAUUUAAUUAUAGCAGACGUAAGCUAAGCGUAAACAAUCCCAACUCGUACCCUGAGACAUACAUGCAGAGACCCAGUUGUAACCUAAACUACCAUAGUUGAAAGAAAACUUUUAGCAAUUAGGUGCUCAUAUAUCAUAGUUCAACUAAAGCAAACAACAUGCGAGAUGUAGCAACUGAAAAUGCAUCUCUCGCACUCUCUCUCAGUAACAAAAAAUGAAAAACAACUAAAAAAAAAAGAAAAAACCUAUUUGUAAAUUUCGACAACUCAACUAAACUAAACUAAAACGCAUUUAAAAAGUUUCCGUUUUGUUUGUGCAAACUCUCAUUAAACUACAUACACACCAGUUGAGUUAAAGCAACGUAUACACGUAUGUAAACUUAUUUACGCAUAUAGAUAAAUAAAUAUAGUACAUCCUGUACACACUGUACGAGUACUCUUCUUGUAUAUGAAAAGUGUUUUCCUAACAUCUUCUAGAUUCUAAGACUCUGAAUUGAACAUUUACAAAAAAAGAAAAAACAAAAAACAAUAUAACUACAUGAAAAUAUACAUAUAAAAAGAACGCCAGCAGUUUAAGGCAUACCAAAUACAACUAAAAGAAAAACAGAAAAACUAUUAGCUAAGUGAAAUAUGUCCAUUUAAAGGACAAUAAAAAUUCUAUUAAAUUAAAUACCUUACAAUUAAGCAGGUCGACUAAAUAAAUAGUUAUCCAAAUUUCAUGAGGCUAAACUUGAACUCAACAACAACAUAGCAAAUGCUACAAACUAUGGAACCUACCUACAGCAACAAACAACAAAAUACAUAUAAAUAAAAUGUUUUAAAAUUAUUGUCGUUAAGUAAAAAAAAGAAAACAGAAAAACAAAAGUAACAACAAAAUACCAACAAUCCGAAAGCGAACUACAUAAUAUGUAAUAAAAACUGAAAGGUAUUCUUAAAUUCUUUAAAAGUCAAAUGUCUUUUCAUUUCCUCAAAAUAUUCAAAUUGAAAUGCAAAUGAGAGCUGACAACCCUGUUCCAGGCGACAGUC